GCAUCCCCGUUUUUUUCUCAAUUUGACGUCACUUGACACUUUGACAGCUGACGUUAAACUCAUCCACAUGAUGAUGACAAUAAUCAAAUGCAGUUUAUGACGAUCAAGGUUAUUUGUUAUUAUUAAUAACAAAAAAAAUAAUAGAACAUUUCUGUAACUAAUAUAUAAUUCAAGUGAUUAUUAAACAACUUCAAGUGACUAUUAAACAAGUCGAGAAAAUGUGUGUCAUCAAAGUGUUGUUGAUGAAAAUAAAACGUUCUUCAAAUGUGCAACUAUCUAGGAUACUUGGUAAUAGCCAGAACUUUUCAAGUCUUGUAUUUGUGCCAAAAUGUGAGCCAGCAAAUGACAAUGAUCUCAGUAGAUUGGAGGAUUAUUUAAAAAAUACAGGAAAUAUUUGUGUAUUAACUGGUGCUGGUAUAUCAACAGAGAGUGGAAUUCCUGAUUACAGAUCUCAGGGUGUUGGAUUGUAUGCAACCAGUAUAACAAGACCAACAUUGUAUCAAGAUUUUUGUAAGAGUGAGCAAGUACGAAGAAGAUACUGGGCGAGAAAUUACAUUGGUUGGCCAAGGUUUUCAAGUGUUCAGCCAAAUGUAACUCAUCGAACUUUAAAAUAUCUAGAAGAUAUUGGUCUUGUUACUGGUAUUGUAACACAAAAUGUUGAUGGACUACAUACAAAAGCAGGAAGUAAAAAUAUCAUUGAAUUACAUGGUACAGGAUUUAAGGUGAUGUGUCUUAAUUGUGAUAAUAAAAUUGAUAGAAAAUUAUUACAAAUAAAACUUGAUAAAUUAAAUUCAUCAAUAAAACAUGUUAGCAAAAUAAUAAGACCAGAUGGUGAUGUUGAAUUGUCAAAUGAAAUUGUCAAUGAUUUUAUAUUACCACCAUGUGAAAAUUGUGGUGGUAUAUUAAAACCUGAUAUUGUAUUUUUUGGUGAUAAUGUUGCUAAGAAAGUUGUUGAUAGUGUUAGAAAUAUUGUUACUAAAUCAGAUGGAUUACUUGUACUUGGUACAUCAUUAACAACAUUUUCAGGAUACAGAAUAAUAUUACAAGCAAUUGAAGAGAAUAAAAAAGUUGCUAUUGUUAAUAUUGGAGAAACAAGAGCUGAUAAACAUGCUAGUGUAAAACUUGAAAGUAGAUGUGGAGAAGUUUUAAAAAAAUUAUAUCCAAAUAUUCAAUUUGAUAAUAAUUCAAAUCAACAUUUUUAAUGCUAGUUAAUUUUUUUAGACUAUUUAAAUUGUUAAAUAUUGAAAUUAUUUUAUUUCGUCUUAUAAAUAAUUCAGCUAUAUUUAUUAUUAUCAUAAAAAUAAAAUAUUUUUAAGAGUGCUUUAAAUACUAUUAAUUAAUCAACUUAAUAUUAUUUGCUCCCUGAAAUUUUAAUUGAUUUUUUUUUUUUGAUAAAAUAUUGAUUAAUUUUUUUUAUCAAUUUACAGUUUAUUUUUUUAUUAUAUUAUUAUUGUUAUUAUAAUUAUUAAAAAUAUAUUAUUUGUUUUGAUUUAAUUAAUUUGUCAUGGUAGAUUUUUUUUUUCAAACCAAAUCUUAUUUUAGUUGAUUUUUUUUUUUUCUAUAUCACAUUUUACUUUUUCCAUGCUAGUUAUAUUAAUAUUAUUUAUAAAUUAUUUUGAAUUAGAUACUUGGUUAUAUUAAUUAAAAAUAAUAAUUAAGUUUGUAUGAAUUUUAGUUUUUUUUUUUUCGUUAUAAAAAAAAUAAAUUCUAGUUUUGAAAAUUAAA